AAAAAAUGUAUAAUUUAUUUUAGACAAGAUUUAAGAAACAAUAGCAAGUUUUUAAGUAUUAUUACUUCUACAAUGCCAUUGUUGAAUGAACAUUUUCCUGAAUAUAUCUUAAGAUAUUCAUUAGAAACAGCCAUGAUUAUAGAUUCUCCUAUUUAUAGUUUAAAACAUCGAAAUAUCAAUUUACAUCUUUAUUCUUUUUUCAAACAUCCUCCAAAAGUUAAUUUGAUUCAUCCGCCUAUUUUAUGUGCAAUAUAUACAAUAUAUAUAGACCGAUUUAUUUCUAUGUUACCACCGAUUCCAUUAAUAGUUCUUUAUUAUGUAACUUAUGCGCUAGUUGUGAUUUCAAUACUUUUCUUAGCUCUUUUUAUUUCUAAUCAUGCUCAAAUUUUUUCCAUUAUUUUUUCAAUUUCCACAAUUAUAUUAAUUUAUUUUAUUUAUAAAAUUUACUUAAUACAUUCAAGACCUUCAAUACCAACAAUUACUUUUAUGAUUUCAUAUAUUAAGUUUGUUAAUUAUCCACGAGAUUAUAAUUACAUUUUUGAUUUAUUUUGGCCUAAACCUAGUCCAUUUGUUAAUAUAAUAAAUAGAGAUAUCUACAAAACAUGGAAUGGGGAAGCAUUAAUUAAUUUUAAGUGGAACGCCUACGGAAAGUAUUAUUAUUUUAUAAUUUGUAAUUUAUUUAUGGCUUUAUUUUUGUGUUUUACUGCUGUCGCAACAAUUCCUCAAGAUUACCUUAAUGAAAAUUUAAAGAGGAACGUUUUAAAGACCUCAAUUACUCUUGGAUCUUUUCAUCUUAUUCAAGAAAUUCGUCAAUUUAUCUAUAAUCCUAAAAAAUGGUUUCUCAAUUAUUGGAAUUUUUUUGAUUUGGAGCAUUUGAAUCAUUUGAACGCAUCAUUUAUUCAAGCACCUGAUGAGAAUACCAACAUGUUUACAGAUUAUGGAACCGCACUUUUUGCAAUAUAUUUAUUUCUUACAGGUGAUCCAAGUGCUUUAUCAAAUAAAUGGGCGUAUAAAGAACAUCCUGCUCUUAUCAUAUUAAUUGUCUUAUUUUCUUUUAUGAUUGUUGUAUAUCUUAUGAAUUUGUUUAUUGGUUUGCUCAAUAAAGCAAUUGAAAAAGAUAAUAAUAGAAUCUCAUAUUUAAUGCAAAAGGCAGAGGUAUAAUAAUUUCAUUUUUAAUAAAAUUAUAUUUUUUUUGUAAGAAGUACUCAAUUUUUUCUUCUUGUAGAUUCUAGUCGAAAUUGAAUUAUUUUACUUACUUCCACAUCAGAGACGUUGGGAAGCAUGGUUUCCUGAAGUAAUACAUUAUUACGCUGAUGUUGUUAAGGCUCGAGAAAAAGUUAAAGAAAUGAUUAGUAAAGGUGAAUGGAAUAUCAAUGAUUUUCCGGAAUUGAAAAAAGACUUAUUAGAUAAACUCAAUAUUCAAUAUAACCCUGUUAAUUCAGAAAUUAUUAGAAGAGAUGCAUAGAUAAUUCAUUUUUUUUUUGCUUGGUUAUAUUAGAUCUCUAAAGAAAUCAUUUUUUAUCUUUUUUUAUAAUUAAAUGACUUUUAGAAUUAAAGAGUG